ACUUCCAAAAUGACCAAUACCUUAAUAAGAAACUUUCUUUUUCAGGUACAAAAACGUUUUCUGCAAGCAUCUGCAAUACCCUUCUCUUCCACUUAUCCAUUGCCCACCACCACUUCCUCUUCGUCAUUUACAGUUCAAUACCUCGUGAACUCAUGUGGGCUUCCCUUAGAAUCUGCUAUAUCGGCCUCCCAGAAGUUUCAGCUCGAGAAGAAUAAGCUACAAAAAAGCUCAAUCCGUACUGGAAGUCUUGAAAGCUCACAACUUUAGCGAUACCCAUGUGGCCAAAUUGAUUGCAAAGUGGCCUCCAGUCCUCCAAUGCAGGGUAAGAGGCAAUCUCCAGCCUAAAUUUGAGUACCUCAUGAAAAAUGGCUUUGUGGGUGAGCUUCUGCCUGAGCUUAUCGUGUUAAAUCGGACAAUUUUGAAAAGGGGUUUAGAUACUCAUAUCAAACAAUCUUUUGAGUUCUUGAGAUCUUAUCUUAAUGAUAAUGAUAAAAUUGUAGCGGCUAUUAAGCGUUCUUCUUGGUUGUUGACGCAUGAUUUGGAGGGUAGAAUGCAACCAAAUAUGGAUUUCUUAAUAAAAGAAGGCGUGCCUCCUCAUUGCCUAGAAAAAUUUAUUACGUUGCAGCCAAGAGCUAUAAUGCAAAAGAAGCAUAGGAUGGUUUAUGCAGUGAAUGCUGUUAAAAAUCUGGGCCUUCAACCGACGUCUCGUAUGUUUGUACAUGCUGUUAGAGUGAUGAUAUCAAUGAGUGAGUCUACUUGGAAGAAGAAAAUUGAACUUUUGAAGAGUAUUGGAUGGAGCGAAGAAAAGAUAUUGUCGGCUUUUGUGCGAGACCCACUUUGUUUAGCUUGCUCAGAGGAGAAAAUCAAGAAUGUGAUGGAUUUCUACAUGAACACUAUGAAGUUGGAACCGCAUACUAUAAUUGCGUAUCCCAAGUUUCUUACGUAUGCAGUUGACAAAAGGCUUCGUCCAAGAUAUGAUGUUUUGAAGGUUUUGGAAUCAAAGAAACUGAUUGAAGGGAACAGGAAAAUUGAAUGGUUGUUCACAAUAACUGAGAAGAAUUUCAUGAAGAAUUAUGUUAAUAGGUAUGCAGAUGAAGUUCCAGGUUUAUUGGAGAUGUAUGUUGGCGCCAACAAAGCUAAAUAUAUAGACUUGAAGAAUGAGAGAGCUGGACUAUAAUAAAGGCAGAAGCUCCUAAAGUUGAAUUUAGUGCUCAUACAGUUGCAGUUAUUUCCUAUCUACACAAACAAAUAUUUCAGGAAUAAAACAGUAUUAUAGAUGUAACCACUGCUUGUUGAGUCAGGAUUCUGCUAUGAGGUCUGGCUCAAAUAUCGCAUGAUUAUAGCAGGGACAAAGGAUAGAGUGAAAGCAUUCUUGAGCUCUACAUGGGUUCCCCUUUUUUCUCUCUCUUUUCUAAAGGGCAACAACAUUCUCCAUUCCUUUUCUGGAGAUUCAUUAUGGUUAAAAAGAUAGUAUGUAUGUGUAAUGGCUCAUAACAUUAUAUCAAACUGUACUGGUCCACUGAAUAGGUAAAUAUGUGUAUUUAUUAUUUGCCAACAAAAAAUCUUCUAUCACCUGGUGCAUUGCUUGGAUUGUGAACAAAGCCUGCAAAUGUUUGUUAAUUUAUUUCUU